CGUUACCUGGUGGAUUGCUCUGUUAUCUGUAUCUCGUGACCACCACCUCCCUGUUUACUUAUCAUCGCUCUCUGUUACACAAAGGGAAAGAUUACUCCCCAUCGAAAGUCUCCUUGCAGAUCUACGCCUACAGUCCAUAAUCUCCUCACGCCGGAGAGGCGUCCCGGUCGCUUGGCUAUGAGACUCCAGGAACCAUGAGGGCUUGGCACUGGAUCACAGCCUGCUCUUCGCUGCUCCAUAUCUGGUUGUUAUUGUCGCUGUUUGUGGAUCGCAGUAACGAGACACCUUUGGAGAAAUGUCGCGGAAAGAAGUCCUGUCAGCCCCCAAGACCUCCUGUGGUUCUCAUACCAGGGGACCUGGGGAACCAGUUGGAGGCGAAGCUGGAUAAACCAAGUGUGGUCCAUUACAUCUGCUACAAGAAGACAGACUCUUUUUUCACUCUAUGGCUCAACCUGGAGUUGCUGGUUCCUGUAGCCAUAGACUGUUGGAUAGACAAUAUGAGGCUGAUCUACAACGGGUCCACACACGCCAGUUCAUCCCCACCAGGUGUAAACAUUCGUGUCCCAGGGUUCGGAAAAACGUUUCCACUAGAGUAUCUGGACCCCAGCAAACACAGUGUUGGUAUGUAUUUCUUUAGUAUUGUACAGGCGAUGGUAGAUUGGGGCUAUACCAGAGAUGAUGAUGUCAGAGGAGCUCCCUAUGAUUGGAGGAAAGCCCCAAAUGAGAAUAAAGAGUUUUUCCUGGUGUUGCAGCAGAUGAUUGAAGAGAUGGCAGAGAAAGCUGGCGGGCCUGUGGUGCUGAUCGCUCACAGCAUGGGCAACAUGUACACAUUAUACUUCCUUAAUCAGCAGCCACAGGCCUGGAAAGACCGAUACAUCAAAGCCUUUGUCUCUCUUGGACCACCAUGGGCAGGGGUGGCCAAGACUCUGCGUGUGCUUACCUCAGGGGAUAACAACCGCAUCCCUGUGAUCAGCCCGUUAAAGAUUCGCUCGCAGCAACGCUCUGCUGUGUCCACCUCAUGGCUGCUCCCCUAUGCCCAUUCUUGGCCAAAAGAUCAGGUCUUGGUUCAAACACCCACCACCAACUACACUGUGCUGGACUACAAACAAUUCUUCUCAGACAUUGGUUUUGAAGAUGGCUGGUUAAUGCGGCAGGACACGGAGUCGUUGGUGGCCGAUCUUACACCUCCUGGGGUGGUUGUCCACUGCUUGUAUGGCAGCGGCAUUCCCACCUCUGAGGCCUUCAGUUACUCUGACAAAUUCCCAGAUGUGGAGCCCACAGUGGUGUUUGGUGAUGGCGAUGGGACAGUAAACAUACUCAGUGCUAUUCAGUGCAAACGUUGGAUGGGAAAGCAAAAGCAGCCUGUUAUGUUAGAAGAACUUCCAGGGAAUGAACAUGUGGACAUGUUAUUGAACGUCACAACAGUGGCUUACAUCAAGAAUGUGCUGUUCUCUCCAUGAUGUAGUGGGUCAGGUUAAGAGGGAGCUGGCGGCUUUAUCCAAACAUAUCAUUAGAAACAUGCUCAACACACACACACACACACACACACACACACCGCCAUAUAAUGGACAGACAGAGACUGUUACAGUUCUUUUGAACCGUCACUGCCAAGCUACUCGCUUGUUACAUCUCUGAAGAGAAACAGUAUUAGGAAUUUUGUAGUACAAUUGCAGAAUUUAAGUUUUAAAUUAUUUUAAAGUUGUAAACGUACAGUGUACUUAUAUCAGGUUAUGUUCUGUUAAGUGAUCACAUAAACCCUUUUCACUCAUACGGAAAUCUCCUGAAAAACUCUGGAGAUUAGGCUACCCGGAGGUUCUUUAGGCUAUGUGUGAACGCUAACAGCCGCAUUUUUCGCUGAGUUUAUCCGGCCAGACCCCUAGUAUUUUAUCCGCAGAAUAUCCGAGUGAGCUGAUGUCUGAACGUGGCCGCAUAUAGUCCGGAGAUUUUAAUUUGAGCCAAUGGGACCCAAAUGACGUUUAUAUACAGUGACUGCCUAAAGUGUCUGCAUGCGACCACUAUGAUCUCUGUGCAUGUAGUCAAACGGCUGCAUUCUGUUUUCUGUUCGUCAGUUUGUUGUUCUCCACUCUGGAUGUUGUCAUUUCAUUGGAUUACACAUAGCAUUGAUAUAAAGACAAAUGUUCUCAUUAUAGCGUCGUGUAGUGCACACUGUUGCUUCGGCCGCUACUUCCGCGUUGUUUAUAUACGUCACGUUUUACCUCGGGAAAUCCCACGACCCCCCUCCCCUCUGACAGGGAAAGUCCCCCGCUGUGAGGAGCAUAUGUGAACGGCUAGUUCGGGAGAAUCUCCGGAGAAGUCCUCCUGUAAUUAUCUAGAUAUUAUCCGGAGUGCAUAUGUGAAAACGUCAAUACAAAUGGAUUUUUUUAUAUUCGUAUCAGUGACGAAGUCCAAAGGACUAGCCUACUAUACCUUCAGUAUGUAAUUGAGUGUUCAAGUUAAAAGCCACAGAAAGGAUGUAUGUCGUAUCUUUUUAAUAGUCUUGCGAAGAUAUUUUUUGAAUUAUUUUACUGUUAUGAUGUUAGUUAAAAUUCUCAGUGCAUCAGAUCAUGUUUUAGUGCUGUUUAUAUAUUGAAAUUACAAAACACGCCUGGGAUAUUUAAGUUGACAAAAAUCAUUACUCAAAAUUUUAACUGCAUCUCACCAACUUAAACUAAAAGGAGUUUGCUCCAUUUAUUUUUGUAGUUGAAAGUUCAAGAAAAUGCUUGUAGCCAAAUGAGAUAGAUAGGGUUUUCUAUACAGAAUGGAUAUGUAUUUUACUCAUCUAUUUUAUUCGUCAAAAAAAGCUCUAAACAUAAGUGACCCUGUAAAAGGUUUCCUCCAUACCUUUUCACCUACCCCAAGGUCCCUACAGCCAGCAGAGGGAUCAGGCUAACUGAGGCACCUGUGCUAUUCAGAGGCAGUAUUGUUGUUUCCACAAACAGGUUAAAUAAAACAGGCUUUCAAUCAUCAUGUUUUAUACGGACAAUUUGUGUUAUUAAUCAUCAGCUGUAUUGACAGACUGAGGAGUUCAAAUUAAAAGUAAAAAAAAUGAUAUAAAACUUCAUUUUGAAAUAUUGUCACACCAUCGUUUCAGUAGUGCACCCUAUGGCUUCCCUUAUCUCUGCAAAUGUUUGACCAAAUUUGGACGGGGCCAAGAAUGUAUUAAAGGUGUCUCAGACUAUGGAUCCGUUUCCAUUCUUUUACAGUAUGUGUCCACUCACCUCCCUCAAUCUCCUCAGUGGGGAAUCGAAAGAGAGACACGAGGAACAGUGCGUAGACUAUAGGGUGAAGAUUAGGAUUUAGCCAUUGAUUGGAAGAUCCUCUGGAAACGGGGAUGCUCUGGGAUGUUUUCCAUUUCAGCUGGGGAGAGAGGACGUGACUCUAGAAAGCCCAAAUUAACAUAAUGACAGCACCCACUGUCUGGGGGAAAUUGUUGAAGGUAGCAGUGCUGUGAGGCUAUUUUUCAGUUGGUUUCAUGUUAAUUUGCAUUAUUUUAAUUGAACUCGACUCCUUUCUUGAAUUUUUGGCUAAUAAAAACUCCUUUUUGCACAUAUUUCUGCCUCCUGAGCUAUCCUUCAAACAAACAUUUUAACUCACCACCAGUUCCAAAAAGCCUUACUUACAUCCCUUUGUCAUGUAUGGUUAUUGUGUAGUGCUUCAGGCCCACAGGAAUGAAUAAGGAGGCUUUUAAGUGUUGUGGUUAAGAAUCUGAUAUUCUCUUGACUUGUUGGUGGUGUUGCUGCUAGCCAUUACUCUCCACCACUCCAGAAUAAUGAGCUCUCAUGAUCAUCAGACAGUCCAAACUUCCUCAGCUGUCAAAGGUGACAGUUUCAUGUGUAUAAAUGUGUACCCUGUAUUUAUGAUUAUAUUGGCAGAAGGCUCUAUAGAUCAAAGAUACACCGUGCCAGUUUGCAGCCAGAGCAAUGAAGUCAACCAUUGCCUGUGACCAACUUAUCAUACAGUGAAACGUUUUAUCAGAAGGAAAUAUGUUGACCAAUUUAAAAUGUUUUUACAUAAAACACUUCAGUUUGAAUCCAGAAAUGUUGUAUAUUGUUAUAAAGAGAAAGCUAACUUCCUCAAACAUCUUACUAAAAUAAUAAACUGCUCUCUCAUUA